AAACAAUUAACAAAGAAUGAUUAGACCUGUUCCAACUUUGUAGGAUCAGAGUGUUUAUGGUCGAAGCAAAACUCGUAUCUCCCCCGCCAAAAUACCAUGAAGAGAGCCACAACCACAAGAAGCUCCCAGAAAUCAGCGAAUUUCUACAUGAAUUCAAACGCCUCCGAUUCCCUAGGGUUUUCUAACAGCAAUGUUUUCCAAAUCACACCAAUCCAAUACUCUCUCGAAUUUUCAAUUUCUCACUCUUCAUUAUCGCCGUGCUGUAUCUACUUCGCCGGAGACGGUAACCUCAUUUCCACACUCCGACUCAGUUUUCGUUUGGCACUAUACGAUCGCAUUGCGCGGUCGAUUUUGAUUUAUGAUGUGAAGGACACGAGAGAUGAAGGGAGUGGAAGUAAUCAAACUCUGAUUUCAGUGUUGAGAUGGCUGAAGCAGUUAAUAUCAUCCUAGGCACCCAUGUAUGGGUAGAAGACCCAAAUAUAUGCUGGAUUGAUGGACAAGUUACAAAGAUUAAUAAACAGGAAGUUGAGGUCGAAACAACUGAUGGAAAGAAAAUUACUGCAAAAUUAUCAAAAAUAUAUCCCAAAGAUGUGGAUGCUCCAGCUGGUGGAGUUGAUGACAUGACCAAGCUUUCUUAUUUGCACGAACCAGGAGUUUUGCAGAAUUUAUCCACAAGAUUUCAACUAAAUGAAAUUUAUACUUAUACCGGAAAUAUCCUCAUUGCCAUUAAUCCAUUUCAAAGAUUGUCUCACUUGUAUGAGACUCAUAUGAUGGAACAAUACAAAGGAGCACCAUUUGGGGAACUCAGUCCUCACGUUUUUGCAAUUGCAGAUGUUGCUUUUAGGGCAAUGAUUACUGAAGGAAAAAGCAACUCAAUCUUGGUUAGUGGUGAAAGUGGGGCCGGUAAGACGGAGACUACUAAAAUGCUUAUGCGAUAUCUUGCCUAUUUGGGUGGUCGUAAAGGCACUGAAGGAAGAACAGUUGAACAACAAGUUCUAGAAUCAAAUCCAGUUCUGGAAGCAUUUGGAAAUGCAAAAACUGUCAGGAAUAAUAAUUCAAGUCGUUUUGGAAAAUUUGUUGAGAUUCAGUUUGAUAAACAUGAUAGAAUAUCUGGAGCAGCCAUCCGGACAUACCUUCUAGAAAGAUCUCGUGUUUGUCAGAUUUCAGAUCCUGAACGUAACUAUCACUGUUUCUAUCUUCUAUGUGCAGCACCUCCGGAGGAAGUUGAGAAAUAUAAAUUGGGAGACCCUAAAUCGUUUCACUAUCUCAAUCAAUCAAGUUGCUUCCAACUUGUUGGUAUAAGUGAUGCUCAUGAGUAUCUAGCAACUAGGAGAGCUAUGGAUGUUGUUGGAAUAACUGACAAGGACCAGGAAGCAAUUUUUAGACUUGUGGCUGCAAUUCUCCAUCUUGGUAAUGUUCAAUUUAUCAAAGGAAAAGAGGUUGAUUCAUCGCUCCUGAAAGAUGACAAAUCCAAAUUUCAUCUGAAGACGUGUGCAGAGCUACUCAUGUGUGAUCGUGCUGCACUGGAGGACGCAUUAUUAAAACGUGUGAUGGUUACCCCUGAAGAAGUAAUUAAAAGAAGUCUUAAUCCUGAUGCUGCAACCAUUAGCAGAGAUGGUUUGGCCAAGACAUUAUAUUCCCGUUUAUUUGAUUGGUUAGUUGAUAAAAUUAAUAUGUCUAUUGGGCAAGAUCCAAAUUCAAAAUAUCUGAUUGGUGUUCUUGACAUUUAUGGUUUUGAGAGCUUCAAGCAAAAUAGUUUUGAACAAUUUUGUAUUAAUUUCACCAAUGAGAAGCUGCAACAACAUUUCAAUCAGCAUGUUUUCAAGAUGGAGCAAGAGGAAUAUACCAAAGAGCAAAUUGACUGGAGCUACAUAGAGUUUGUAGAUAAUAAAGAUGUCCUAGAACUUAUUGAAAAGAAACCUGGUGGAAUUAUUGCUCUGCUUGAUGAAGCAUGUAUGUUUCCCAAGUCAACUCAUGAAACAUUUGCACAGAAGCUUUACCAAACAUUUACUAAGCACCCAAGAUUUAUCAAACCCAAAUUGGCUCGCAGCGAUUUCACCAUUUCUCAUUAUGCAGGAGAGGUUAAUUAUCAAUCGGAACUAUUUCUAGACAAAAACAAAGAUUAUGUUGUUCCUGAACAUCAAGAUUUAUUGAUGGCUUCCAAAUGCUCUUUCGUAGCAGGACUUUUCCCUCCACUCCCUGAGGAGUCAAACAAAUCUUCAAGCAAAUCUGCUAAGUUUUCAUCAAUAGGUUCUCGCUUCAAGCUACAACUUCAAUCUUUAAUGGAGACUCUAAAUUCCACAGAACCCCAUUAUAUUAGAUGUGUGAAGCCAAAUAAUCUUCUUAAACCUUCUAUCUUUGAGAAUGCCAACAUCAUGCAACAGUUACGUUGUGGGGGGGUUCUAGAGGCGAUCCGUAUAAGCAUGGCUGGAUACCCAACUCGCAAGAGUUUUUUUGAUUUCCUUAACCGAUUCAGUCUUCUGGCCCCUGAGGUUUUGGGAGGGAAUCUUGAUGCAAAGGAUGCAUGUAAAAAGAUUCUUGACAAGAUGGGGCUCCAAGGGUCUCAGAUAGGCAAAACAAAAGUUUUCCUUAGGGCUGGUCAGAUGGCUGAACUAGAUGGAAGGAGAGCACAAAAACUCAACACUGCAGCCAAAAAAAUUCAAAGAAAAAUAAGAACUCAUAUCACUAGGAACCGUUUUCUUUCUUUGAGGAAAGCUUCCAUUUCAUUGCAAUCUCUCUGCAGAGGAAAGCUUGCUGCUAAAUUAUUUGAUCACAUGAAAAGGCAGGCUGCUUCACUUAAAAUACAGAAAAAUUAUAGGCGACACUUAUUUUGGAUGUCAUACGACAGACUUAAGCACUCAAGUGUAGUCCUCCAGACAGGGUUGCGGGCCAUGGCUGCUCAUAAGGCAUUUAGAUACAAAAAGACAACUAAAGCAGCACUCCUUGUACAAGCUAACUGGCAUCGUCAUAGAGACUUUAAAUACUAUAAGAGACUGAUGCGGGCAGCAAUUGUCACACAGACCCGAUGGAGGGGAAGAGUUGCUAAGAAGGAGCUUCGGAAACUAAAGAUGGCUGCAAGAGAAACAGGUGCAUUACAAGAAGCAAAGGAUAAGCUUCAAGCACAAGUGGAAGACCUGACUUGGCGUUUACAGUUAGAAAAACGCUUGAAGACUGACUUGGAAGAAGCAAAAGGACAGGAGAUUCUGAAAUUGCAGAACUCCUUGCAAGCUAUGCAGGCUAAAUUUGAUGAAACAAAUACAUUGCUUACAAAGGAACGUGAAGCUGCAAAGAAAGCAAUUGAAGAAGCAUCAACUAUUGUUAAAGAAACUGUCCCAAUCCAUGUUGAAGACACAGAAAAGAUUGAUAAAUUAAGUGCAGAAGUUGAAGAAUUGAAGAAAUUAUUAGAAUCAGAGAAAAACCGAGCUAAUGAAUCUGAAAAGAAGUGCAACGAAACCGUAGAAACAAGUCAAGUUAAACAGCAGAAAUUGGAAGAAACAGUGAACAGAGCAAAUCAACUUCAGGAAUCUAUGAAUAGGCUUGAAGAGAAGCUUGCCAACAUAGAGUCGGAAAACAAGGUCCUUCGUCAACAAGCCUUAACAAUGGCACAAAACACCAAGCUACAGGCAGCACGUUCGAAGUCAAUUAGGAGAACCGAAAGUACAAAAAGUACCAGUACUCCUAGUACUCCUGUGGAUCUUCAUAGCCCUUCAAUGCAAAUGAGGGAUAAUGACGUGGAGGAGAGACCACAAAAGUCACUUAAUGAGAAACAACAAGAAUAUCAGGAUUUGCUCAUUCGAUGUAUCGCCCAACAGCUUGGGUUCUCAAAAGGCCGUCCAGUCGCCGCCUGCAUCAUAUACAAAUGUUUGAGACAGUGGCGGUCUUUUGAAGUAGAAAAAACCAGCAUUUUUGAUCGUAUAAUUCAAACCAUAGGCCAAGCAAUCGAGACACAAGAUAACAACGAUGUCCUAGCGUAUUGGUUAUCGAAUGCAUCAACACUGCUCCUGUUGUUACAACGCACAUUGAAAGCUAGUGGCGCUGCUGGGGCCCCACAGCACCGGCGAACCACAUCAGCUACCCUUUUUGGAAGGAUGACUCAGAGCUUUCGUGGAACCCCGCAAGGUGUAAACAUAUCUAUGAUAGAUGGGGGGUCAGAUGGUGCAUCUGACACGUUGCAGCAAGUUGAAGCCAAAUACCCUGCUUUGCUUUUCAAGCAGCAGUUAACAGCAUAUGUUGAAAAAAUAUAUGGAAUGAUACGUGACAAUUUAAAGAAAGAGAUUUCCCCCUUGCUUGGAUUGUGCAUUCAGGCACCAAGAAUAUCCAGAGCAAACUUGCUAAAAGGGACAGCUGUUGCACUAGCAAGUGCUGCUUCUCAGGACAUUCUCAUUGCUCACUGGCAAGGGAUUGUUAACAACAUUGGAUGCUUCCUAAACAUGUUGAAGUCUAACAAUGUGCCACCGUUUUUGGUUCGCAAAAUCUUCACACAGAUAUUUUCUUUCAUCAAUGUACAAUUAUUCAACAGUCUUCUGUUGAGACGAGAAUGCUGCUCUUUCAGUAAUGGAGAAUAUGUAAAGGCAGGAUUAUCUGAAUUGGAACAUUGGUGCUACAAAGCAACUGAAGAAUAUGCGGGAUCAGCUUGGGAUGAGCUUAAGCACAUAAGACAAGCUAUCGGGUUCCUGGUUAUACAUCAAAAGCCCAAAAAGUCACUGGAUGAAAUAAGUCAUGAUCUGUGCCCUGUUCUUAGCAUACAACAGCUAUACAGAAUCAGUACUAUGUAUUGGGAUGACAAAUAUGGCACACAUAGCCUUUCUCCAGAUGUUAUUUCCAACAUGAGAGUGCUGAUGACAGAAGAUUCAAAUAACGCAGUGAGCAGCUCUUUCUUGCUGGAUGAUGACUCAAGCAUCCCAUUCUCUGUUGAUGAUCUCUCGAAAUCAAUGGAUCAGAUUAAUAUAGCAGAUGUGGAGCCCCCACCACUUAUUCGUGAUAAUUCAGGUUUCAGUUUCUUAUUGCCACGUGCUGAGUCAUGAUCAGAUUUCGAUUUUAGCAUAAUGUUUAGUGAAUUAGUACAAUUUACAAAUAUGCCAUUUGGAUCUUCUUCUAUUGACUUGUUGGUGAUAUAGUUUAUAUUUUGUAGUUUUAAAAAUAGGAGGAUAGUGGAAAUGG